AUGCGGUCAUUGACCUCUACCCUUCUCCUCACCUUGUGCGGCCUGAUAUCCGUCCAAGCCGAAGUAACUUUUGACGACGUGAGAGAUAAGCUGCCAAAGGUUUAUAGCGGACAGGAAGGCGAAGGGGCGCCGAAAUAUUUCAAGGAGUCCUCCUUCCAUUAUCAUUAUGACGGACGAUUUGCAGAAAGCGUCCUCCCCGAAGAAGAAACCCUCCCUCACUUAUCAGCACUUAUCCAAACUUACCUAUCGAUGAUGGCCGAUCUGGGUGCGGAAACAUGGAUAAUGCAUGGGUCUCUUCUGGCUUGGUGGUGGAACCAGAAGAUCUUUCCAUGGGAUAAUGACCUUGACGUCCAAAUCUCCGAGCCGGUGAUACAUUUCCUUGCCGAUUACUAUAACAUGACCGAGCAUCAUUUCGACAUCCCUGAUGUUGAGGGCGGACGGACAUACCUCCUCGAAAUCAACCCGCACUAUGUCAUUCGAUCAAAGGCCGACAAAGCGAACGUAAUAGAUGGGCGGUGGAUUGAUACUUCUUCCGGAUUAUUCAUCGAUAUCACCGCUGUACGAGCGGAUGACGCACGCCGGGCUCAAGGUGAACCCGGCGCUCUGAUGUGCAAGGAUCGCCAUAACUUUGACGAAUCCGAAAUCUUUCCCCUUCGCAAUAGCUAUUUCGAAGAUGUUCCCGCCAAAGUCCCUUAUGCGUAUACUAAACUGCUUGUGGACGAAUAUGGCUCGAAGGCACUGAGCACAACGACCUACCAGGGUCACGAAUUCAACAGCCAGACGAGCUUAUGGGAGAAAAUCAAAAACCACAAACUACUAGCUCGACGACGGGCGGCCGCCGCCAUACCAAAACGUACUACGCCUCUUCAUCGUUUAUACGGCAACAAUGCCAAUUAA